UGAAGAGGAUUUAGAAUGCCUUGAUUUGAUAAAUAAGUUUGUCUUUGUUCAUUCUUUAGCUGUUGGGGUUUUCUGUUUCAUCAUGAUUUGAUUAUAUUGAGCUACUUUUGUUGGGAAUCUUAGUAGUUUAGUUGGUUGACUAUAUUAACUUUCAUGCUUGUUGGUGAGUGUUCGAUUCCCAGUUUUUGUAAUCUCCUUCCCUAUUUUCCCUGCCCCCAAAUUUUAAAAAAUACAAAAGGAACUACUACUUUUGUUGGCUUUAUUGAGAUGGUAGGAUUCAUUUGUGUCUAAAGUUUAAAUCUUUACCUUUUUCUUUUCCAAUUCAGUACUGUUUUUUUUUUAACCUACAGUAGUGAAUCUAUAGUUGUUAAUUAUACUGAAUUCUGAAGUACUAGUACCAUAGUCGGAAUCAAGAUUUGAACUUUAUGGGUUCUAAAGAGUAGUGACAUCAGGUGUUAGUAGUAACUGGAUUUCGAACUUAACUUUUGUACGUAUUUUAGUGAAUUUCUUAAUAUAGAUAUGGAGUUUGAGCACUCAAGGUUGUGACUUAGUGGUCAAUGAGGUGGGUUGAGAACCAUGAGGUUAGGUCCAAAUUGCAGUGGAGAAAAAAAAUCAGAGUUUAAACUAGAGCUACUACAUGGACUUCUUGCUAUGCCCCUGAUUAGUACCUAGACUGAGUGGAUUACACUUCAACAAAAAAGAAAGAGUGUUAGAGAAUUGAUAAACUUGGCUCAAUUCAGCAGUAGAAGCUCAUAGGAUAUUUUUCAAAUCGUAAAUUUGUUGCAUUUGUUACUAACCUUUGGAAUUUAACACCCUUUGCAAAAAAUUGUUAUUUUUUCCCACUUCAGAUGGUAUUUUGAAGCAGAUAGCGGAUAUUAGCUGGCUGUGGCUCUUGAUUUAUGAGUUUGGUUUAGUUUAAGUGUAACGAGAUUGAGAUUUGUUGAGUGUAGUUUUUAUGGAUCAUAUGUUAUCUAGAGGGAGUGAUUUUGAGGUUGAUCUUGAGAGCUGUAGGAGUACGAGUGGAGAAGCCGGAAAUAAUAAUUCUACUUUGGAUGCUAAAGCAGGGAAUGUACUUUUCACUAGUGUCUGUAACGGAGAUGGUGAAGAACUUUCUAAAACUGAAAAUGGAUUGAAUAUGUAUAGCCAUGCACAGGAUGGGGAUGAGCUUACUCGGGGGAGUGUUAGAGUGUGUAUAGAUGAGGCAAGUUUAGUAGAGAAGAAAAAAAGCAAAGAAAAACGUAAAUCCACGAGUGCUAAGAAGCCUCCCAAACCUCCUAGACCUCCCAGAGGAUUGUCUUUGGAUGCUGCUGACCAGAAAUUGAUUAAAGAGAUUGCGGAACUCGCAACGAUUAAACGUGCACGGAUUGAGCGAAUGAAGGCUUUGAAGAAACUGAAAGCAGCAAAAGCGGCGCCGCCUUCAGCAGCAUUGAAUGGCAGUUCCCUUGCCUUGCUCUUUACUAUUUUUUUCUUUUUUGUGCUAUUGUUUCAAGGGAUAUCUUAUAGAAGUUCAACUAUGAACUUUUAUGAUUCAGUCCAACUGGGCAGGGUAAGGGAGAAUAGGUUCAUUAUUGUACAGGAAGACUCUAAUUUAUCCACCAGUGCUGCCAUCGUCGCAAGGUCUGACUCUUCUGAUUCAGUGGAGCAGGCUUCUGGUUUAACUCAUGGAGUAGUCCGAAAAUUAUCACAAGCUGAAAUUCAGUGACAUGGUCGAGCUAUGCAAGUAUGAAUACGAUUUCCACUAUGUUUAUGGUACAUGCUGCGCCUGCGUGAAGAAGUUCUAUGUAAGUGACUCGGCACGACUGCCUAAUUUGUAUACCCUGUACAGUGAUUGACACUGGUUGAUUGAGAUGAAUAACCACUGGCAUAGCAUUCUUAAGGAUGAGUCGGAAUUGCCAAUUGCUGGCUAGUCUCAAAUUGGAAAAUAGCUUUCUAAGCCUAAUUUCCAUGUGUGUUCUGAGUAGAUAAAUGUUAUGAUAUUUGGACUAGUUAAAUUGUGCAUAGUAUACUCACAACAAGAACCCUGUAAUUUCAGAUCAACCAUUUUAACAUGUUUACUAACCGUACCUUGUUUGACUU